AUGGGAGUUUCGCCGAUGAACAUCGAGAGAUACGUCGAGAAAAGAAACCAGUUUUCGAAAGAAUUGGAACAAGAUGAUGACACAAAACCACGGAAGAGGCGAAGAGAAGACGUUGAAGAUUCAGAUCUCCGAAAAAAGAUGGAUAGAAACUGUGAAUAUACAAAAAAGCAUACCAAAAAUAAGGAAAAUAUUACAAAAAAGAAGAAAUUAGAAUUGAUUGAAAAGACGAACAGAGUUGAAUUAUUAGAUGAAGUUAUCAAUAGAAACGAGCGCAUGGCAACUAAUUUUUUGAGUCUGAAUUCUAAAUUAGGAGGAACGGCAAAUGAAGUAUAUUGGAACACUUAUGAAGCACAUAAACAUCUGUUCAUUUCAAAAGUAAACGAAGUCAAAGAAAAUGAUAAUUCCAUUCUGAAAAUUCGGGAGCUAUUCAAUGAAAAAAAGAAGGAGUUCGAGGAGAAAUCAGAAAUGUAUGAAGAAUCAGCGAUAAAGGCAAAAAACCUUCCAGACAAAGAAAAGAAGAGAGCAACCAAUUCAGCAGGAUCGGCAAAAUCACGAGCAAAAGCAGAAAUGAUCAGCGCCGAGUUGGAUUACGAUGUUGCCUGUCUCAAUUAUAUCAUAUUUCAAAAAGAAUGGUUAUUCAAUUUAUCAAUGGAAUUCGCUAUAAAACAAAAGGAGGACCUUUACACUUCCGAACAAUUCUGUGUCCGCAGCAUUUUGGAUCGAGUAUUUGUCGCCUUAGGCGGUGUUUUUCAAACAAAGCCUACAUGCCGCGUGAAAGAAAAGAACCAUCUGCCAAAGGGUUCAGGAAUACAGUCUCCUGUCUACAAAAGCAAUCCAGCCGCUUGCGAAAAAGAGCUCCUGUCUCAAAACUCGCAUCGUAACAAUCUUAUUCAGGACCAUCCUGCUCAUACGAAUGGAGCAUUACCCAAAGGAACUCGCAUUGUUCUGUCACCAGGGAAGGAUCCACCACCUGAAUCCAACCGUACCAUGUCAUGUGAGCAUCUUCCAAAGGAUUCAAAGGAAUUUUUCGAGGAUUCGUCUCUACCGAAGUUUGCACCUUCACCAGAGCCAUGGGAUCUACCGUAUGAACCUGGAUCAUCGAUGAGUCUUCAUCCAAUGCCAAGCACAACUACAGAUGCUGAUGCACCGCCCCAUAUCUAUUCCUUCUAA